AGCUUCAGAAUUUCCUGUCUGAAUGCACUCUUCUGGAUCCACGUUUCAAGACCACUUACUUGACACCAGAGGCUAUGGAGAACACCUACCAUCGUUUUGCGCUGUUGUUACAAUCUGGGGAUGGAAAGGUACACGUUCAAGCUGACACCCAGGCUCCUACCCCUGGACAACAUAUUCCUCCACAUCCUCUGCUUCCCGAGAGGCCAAAUACCAGCCAAUCACCAUCUCCUACUGAGACAUCUGAUGAAGAGAAUGCAGCCAAAUGUCAGCGGUCCUCAGACUCCUCAAAAAAAGUUGGUCUUGCAGCUAUAUUUGACUUUGAGAAUGUUGAAGAGGCCACAGCCGCCACACCCAUGUCCGUGCAGGAGAAAAUCGAAGAAGAAACAAAACAAUAUAAGCUAAUGAAUCAGAUAAGCAUAGAAAGCAACGCAUUAGACUGGUGGAAGAAAAACUGUAUCCAGUUCCCAUUACUUGCCUCUGUCGCAAAACAACGCCUGUGCAUGCCAGCAACAUCUGUGCCAGCUGAACGCGUGUUCAGCUCAGCCGGUGAUAUUGUAACUGCCCAAAGGGCGUCCUUCGCUCCAGAAUUGGUUGACAUGUUGUUAUUUUGUAAAAAGAACUGUGAUUUGUGAUAAUUUCUGUCCAUUUUCUUAGGUUAUGUGAUGAUUACAUAUGGACAGUUUAAAGUUAAAUCAUCAUUGUUCUUCAUUAUAGCGUUAUCUUAACAUUCUAGUCAUAAAAAGGUGUUUUCAAAAGAGUGUUUUUUUGAUAGAGAGUAUGACUACUUCUAUCAAGUUUAUUACAGUUUCUUUUACAGUUUCUAGUCAUACUAUGAUACCAGUGUUUUCUGAUUAUUGAGUUUAAUAAAGUUUGUAAAACUUGUUA